CUAUUAUGCGAACGAAUGUGUUUUUGUUUUGUUAGGGAAAAGCGUGCUCAUAAAAGCAAUCGACUGGUUUGAUUAUAACUAAAUAUUGAAAGUAUUCAAAUCUUGAAUGGAAGUACAUAUACAACUGUAAAAUUCAAAAACCUAACACUUGUGCCGAUCUCAGCUUUUUGCAUAGUACAUCGUUCGCAGUGGUAGGAGCCACUGAUAGUUAAUGCAUAACUAAAUUUCCCGCCAAUAGUGUGCAUUUUCUCAAUCGAUUACUGAAAAAUGUCCAAACAUGCGCAUGCAAGUAUUCCUUGUGAUGAAAAAAAUGUGGAAAUAAAGGCAAGAAUUGGAAGUGACCAAGAAUUUGAACGUCGAGUGGAAAUAGCACGUGAACUUACAAAGUCUACCGGCGAGUUACUGGAGCAGAAGGAUGUGUUUUUUAACCUUCUAGACGAGAUUGAUGGUACAAGACUUAAACUGCGCUACCUACAGCCGCCAAAACCCUCGCAGUUGAUUUAUUAUGUACGCCCCAAUAAGACCGGACCAAAACUCUCAACAUUCAAUCGAGUCGAUGUAGAAGAUCCCGUAUUGCUUGAGAAGAUUUUGGCAAAAAGUAAUGGCAUAAAAGGAGUAUUGGAGAAAAAGCGCUAUUUAUUUCUACACGGUCAAACGCGUAUACAUAUGGAUAAAGUGAUAAAUUUAGGUAACUUUAUGGAAUUCGAAGUUUGCCUGCGGCCAGACCAGUCGAUAGAAGAGGGGCAGCAAAUAGCUAACGAGUUGAUGAAAAUAUUUAAUAUACGUGAGGAAGACUUAAUGGCUGGUGCUUACUUUGAUGAACUAAUGAAUAUAAAUCUUUAAGUAAUAUUUUUAACAUUUUCUUUGGAAUUUUUUUUCGAAAUAUGCAUUAUAUACAAACAUACAUACUCAACUAGAAAUAAAUCGGUUUUACUUAAU